AAGCGCAUUUCUCAAACACACCCUGUUGUCAUUCAAACAUCUCAGGGAGGCGGUUCAUUUUUUUUCCCGCCAGCUCUCGCCGACAGCUCUGUGCUAGGACUCAACUAAGUACACCGAGAGUAUUCUUUCACUAAAAGCUGAAAACGCCAGAGUAUAUUAUCUCAAAAUGAGUGAAAUUAUUACUAAAACACAUUAAAAACCAACUACACUGCUGCAACUACUCCUAGAUUCAAGAUUUAAAAGACGGCAACUCCAAACUAACAUGGCAGUCAGACUGUGUGAUGUGGCUUCUCUGCUUAGAAGUGGUUCGUGGGCAGCAGAGCCUUGGACUGGGCAGGUAAUUGCUGCCAUGGAAACACAACUGUCUAAUGGGCCAACUUGCAAUAACACAGCCAAUGGUCCUUCCACCAUAAACAACAACUGCUCAUCACCAGUUGAUUCUGGGAACACAGAGGACAGCAAAACCAAUUUAAUAGUCAACUAUCUUCCUCAGAAUAUGACACAAGAAGAGCUCAAAAGUCUUUUUGGGAGCAUUGGUGAGAUAGAAUCCUGUAAACUUGUAAGAGACAAAAUAACAGGCCAAUGCUCUUCAACCCAUCAUUCACAAGUGCCAUGGCCCCUGCAAAAGACUUCAGUGGUUCCUCCAACAGGACAGAGCUUGGGAUAUGGAUUUGUGAACUACAUUGACCCUAAGGAUGCUGAAAAGGCUAUCAAUACCCUGAAUGGAUUGAGACUUCAAACCAAAACAAUAAAGGUUUCAUAUGCGCGACCAAGUUCAGCUUCUAUUAGAGAUGCAAAUCUGUAUGUCAGUGGUCUCCCAAAAACUAUGACCCAGAAAGAACUGGAGCAGCUCUUCUCCCAGUAUGGACGUAUUAUUACUUCUCGUAUUCUAGUUGACCAAGUCACUGGAGUUUCAAGGGGUGUGGGCUUCAUCCGAUUUGACAAGCGGAUUGAGGCUGAAGAAGCCAUCAAAGGUUUGAAUGGACAGAAACCUCCAGGUGCCACAGAGCCAAUCACUGUAAAGUUUGCCAACAAUCCAAGCCAAAAAACAAAUCAGGCCAUCCUUUCCCAGCUGUACCAGUCUCCAAACAGAAGGUAUCCAGGACCUCUAGCUCAGCAGGCUCAACGUUUUAGGUUGGACAAUCUGCUCAAUAUGGCUUAUGGAGUAAAGAGUAGGUUUUCUCCAAUGACCAUUGAUGGAAUGACCAGUUUGGCUGGGAUCAAUAUCCCAGGACAUGCGGGAACCGGAUGGUGCAUUUUUGUGUACAAUUUAGCUCCUGAUGCAGACGAGAGCAUCCUGUGGCAAAUGUUCGGACCCUUCGGAGCAGUUACCAACGUGAAAGUUAUCCGUGACUUCAACACAAACAAGUGCAAAGGCUUUGGUUUUGUGACUAUGACAAACUAUGACGAGGCAGCCAUGGCAAUAGCCAGCCUGAAUGGAUAUCGCCUUGGAGACAGAGUUUUGCAGGUCUCAUUUAAAACAAACAAAACGCAUAAAGCCUAAUGAGUUGCCCUCAGCCCAAUUUAUAUUUGAAAACCAUUCAACAAAGGCAAGUUAAAAAAAACUUUAUACAUUAGUAAAUGUCUUUGUAAGUCAGUGUUGAGAUGGGGGAAUACAAGACUAGCAUCCUAAGAAAUAUGCGAGAUUUUUUAUUGCUAGUAUUUGAACUAAAACUUCUUAAAUAUCUUAUGUUUGAAUAUGGACAAGAGGUACAGGGUUUUUACCUGUCACAAUGCAUUCUAUUGCCUUCUUUGAAGAAGGCGGACCUUUUAAAAUGUUUGAGCUAAGGGAAGACAUUUCUUUUACACGACUGCCUUGAACCUGUGAGUAAAUAUUGAGGCUUUGUGUUAUAAUCCUUGAGUUAGUUAGUCUUAUGUUGUGUUUGAUUUACACUUUAAUGCCUUGCUGUUUAGUCUGUUCAAGAAAAGUGUUUUGAAGUUUACAUUUUUAUUUAUAAAGUUAUUUAUUUUGUAAUUAUUAUUUGGGUUGGGGAAGGGGGGUGGUGCAUUAUAAAAGCUUAUUGUAAGAUUAAUGGAGAACUUUUCGUAAAGCAGUACCUUGCCAAAGAGAUAAGAGCCUCUUUGAUGUGGGUUUAAAAACAAAACAAAGCAUCUAUUUUUAUAAAAAAGAGAAAAUUUGGAGAAACUUUUUACAGGUCCUGGAACAAAUAUUUUGACUUGAAUACUUUGAGAAAUCUCUUCAUAUGACACCUAGUGAGCUUUUAAAACUUACCAGGAAAUUUGCAGUGGUUGGGGGAAAAACUUUAGAAAGAUUUAUGAUGUAGGAAUUCUUUAGAGAUCUUUGUUACUCAAGAAGUGGAAUCACUGGGAAAAGCACUGCUGGUUUUGAUUUUCUAAUCGUUGGUGCAGUCUCUGAACAUCCUGGUUACUAUGUGAUAGGUGGCUCACGUCAACUUGUGUGAUUUUGAAACUAAAAGAAAAAUUUUAAAGUAUAUAAGAGCAGGCAAGAAAUUUAAAUUAACUGAGAUGGGGGAAAAAAUCUGUUCUUCCUAUAGAAUUCCCUUCAGAUAGAGCUCAUGGUGUUUAGUGAUGUACUUGCAGUAUUGUUUGAAGAAUUGUUUUGUCUUAAAGAAAAAAAGAUGUUUGCACAUGGUUUGCACAGUGGCAGACCAGGAAGAAGCAGUCUUGCGUUGGAUAUGUUUGAAGGUAUUUUGAAAGUUACGUUCAAGGCUAACACCUGAGCUUUGUGUAAUGUAAAUAAGAUCUUUUGUUUUAUGAACCUCUUUUCAGCUAAUAUUUUGAGUUUUCUUCUGGUUUUUAUUUUCUUUAUUUAAACAUGCCAAGUGAUGUUCAAAUUUUGAAUGUUUUUGUAUUUUUUUCCCUUUGUAAAUGGCAUUAAGAUUGUUACUUGAGGUCUGCUUAUUCAUUUUUGUUGUCCUGGGGACUUGAAUUUACAGUGUAUCAGAUACGUUGCAAAUUUUGUCUGUAGAUAGUCUAGCUUCAGCUGUUUAUGGUGAUGCUACAUUUUUGUUUAUAAAUAUGUUUGUGGUAAAAAAAAUGAGUAUAACCAUAGGUUUUGAACAAAUUCCUUACAUUUUUCAUACCAGAAUCAUAAAUACCUGUAUGCUAUUGAAAUUUAACUUUGUAUGACGCUUAAAACACUUAUUUGGGGAAAUAAUAAAGUCUUUACCAUGUAUGGAAGAAAUUUAAGGUCAAAAAGUACAAAUAUUUUCUGAUUAGCAUCUAGCUUAUAAUAAAUUUUUAAAGAGCUGAAGGCUGCAGUGCCUUCUCCAGGAUGCACUGACAACUAUAUAGUUACGUCCUGCUUUUUGUAUAAACUGAGAUGCUCAUACGCUUCCCCUUAGAACAAGCAAUGUGCUAUGCAUAACAUACUUGUACAUGAUCUUUGCAGUUGCUUUUUGAUUCUUAUUUUUUAAAAAUUGUAGUUAUAAAUUUUUCAGUAUAGUACAUAAUACUGUGAGAGAAUAAAGUGUGCUAAAGUGACAAGCAACUUUUCAUGCUGGACCCAUUCAGUGUUACUCAAAUCAAUUGGCUUCCUGACCCACAUUCAUUCUAGGUGCAUUGAGCAACUAUUCUACAUUAACACAGAUUUCCUGUGCUUCAGUAAACAAAUGAGUUCCAUUGUGGUGGUGGGGCAACAGUGCCUACAUCCUUUGCUACUAUAUACUACUGUAGCAACAACAGCAAACAUACACACACACAAAAGGGGGGCAUUGAUGAGAAGGCAUGUCUAUUGGGCUUCACUUUGCACUGUUUAUCAGAGCACUUAAUAAAAUGUAAGGCUGGUAUUUAUUUGAAGUUGUACAGUAUGACUUAAUUCACAUCUGUUGAAGUAGAAAAUAUAUUCUGUUGAGUAUUUAAAAGAGGCUGUACAUGUUUUCUUUUGUGUUUGGAUCCUUUGUACUUUUUCAUGUUCAGUACAUCAAUAAACAAAAGUUGAA